AUGGCGGUGAAUCAUGUAUUUGCCCUGAUAAUGUAUUACUCCCGGGAUCGCUGUCGGAGCCUCAUCUGUCGGUAAGGCUUAAAAAAAAAUUGAUGUGGGAAAUGAGUCGAAUUUCGUAGUUUGACAGAUCAGAAAAGCACAUUGUUGUUAACAAGGGUCUAACGUUUAUAUUCAGAGGGAUAUCACCAGGGACAUGAUUCAUAUAGCACCUCAUCAUGUAACUUAUCAUGAUAUAAGACUGAUCAUUUUCAAAGUAUUCAGACCUGUUCAGGACGUGACAUCGUGAUAUAACAUGGGUGAAAUUGUGAGUAGGUCAAUAUUGGGGCUUAUCAGAUGGCAUUACUGAUCAUUACUUUAUUGAAGGAAUUUUAAUUGUUUCUGGAUUGAGAUAAUGAGUAGUGACAUUAACUCCGGUUGGUUAAGAGGGCCUCAACCCUAAAAAAAACGAAGACUAUUCCUCUUCUUUUAUUUGUCAUGUAAGGCGAGAAGAUUUUCAGCUUCGUGGGAUGAAAUUGGACUAUAAGUACCCUUCAGUCAUUCUAUAUAAAGAUGAUUCUGUAUAGAAGUGCGAUAUGCAGACAAUUAUUGGAUGAUGCUUUCUCUAGAUAUCAUGAAAAUAAAAAAAAUUAAUUUAAGUGUUAUCAGCUCGAAGAGGAAGCCCUGUGCUGAUAACAGUUAACAAUUAUUCCAUGAAUCGGCGUUAGAUACAAGGUCAUUGAUAAAUACCAAAAGAGGAGGGAAGCGCAGAGUUGUCUAUAACCCGAACUUCGUGUAACCAAAAAAGGCGAAUGGAAGGAUUGUUUUAUUAAAUUCUCAACCUCCGCUCACGCCCAAUUUUUAUCUAACUUACCAAGGCCGAGGUGGAUAACAGCGCCGAGAUCUGCAUAAAUCAACAUACUAUACAAAAUAUUCUAAGUUCUUAACACGCUUACCUCGUCGUGCACUUACUUCAAACGUUUGGCCUAUUUUUCUGCAGGGUUGCACCUGUUUUUUCUUGCAGAUACUCCUCAAAAAGAAGAUAGCGUCCAUCGAGCAAUAUGUUUUGCGAAUUCUUGCAUUUCUUUCGUUUAGUUUUAGUCCCUUCAGCUGUUUCGUCUCCGGGUAGCCAUGAACACCAUUUUUUUUUAGUUCACUGUAGCACAAGCAGCCGCGUUUCCAGGAGUAUACCAUCGAUCAGCUUCGUUUCCUUAAGCAAUAGACCACACUUUCUAUGGGUUUACCGGCGUGAUAACCCACGCGGGAUGUUGGGAGAACACGACUUUACAAGCUUUUCGAGUGUUCUCCCAGCAUCUCAAGCGGGGUAUCACGCCGAUAAACCCAUAGAAAGUGUGGUCUACUGCUUUUAUGAAAUGACUUUAAGUUUUCUCUGAGUUUACCAGCACAAUAAACUAUAGGUUUUUAACCAAUCAGAACGCACGUACUAUCUUUAAGUGUUGGUUAUUUUAUAAAAUCAAAUGUACCAUCAAAUCGAUGGUACAUUGCUUGCAUCUUCCAAAUAUGGUAAGCGACAGUUGGUUAUAAAGAAUUAGCCGGGGGAUUAAGGCCAAUCAGAAACGGCAUUUAAACCCUGAUCGGAGAAGCAUUAUUCGAGGUUGAGACUAUAAAAAAUUGUUAAAUAUUCACGCUACGUUCGAGACUCAAAAAGACCGAAAUAACGAAACCGUUUUAUCUUCUGGCUAUCUGGGCCAUGCAGGUCCACUGUAUCACUACAACUUUGACAAGUGGCGAUAGGACAGUCAGCCACGGUGGAGCCAGCUUCUCAACAAGAUGGACAUUCCAACACGGUCAAAUGUCUGAGGCGUUUUUUGCUGUUUUAUUUAUUGAGAUUUCAUUUUCCAUGAAGUGGGAUCAUGGACAGGGACCGUAUAGACAGCUUUCAUUACAUUUUUGUCAAAAUAAUGAGCUUCAUGGUAAAAUUACGCUGAUAACUGUGGCGCUGAAAGUAACACCAGUUUCAUUUACCAAACACUUGAAUGUUUCUAUGAAAUCUUCGAAAAGUUAGUAAGUUAACAGCAUGUUAUUAGUAAUAUUUUUAAUUCUAAGACGUUGUCUCUGACCGCCGCAGUUUCUUUCCAUUUUCCUUCUUUUAAUCUUCUUAUGCUUUCCUUGUUUUUUUGUCCUUUUUGAUAUUAUUUUGUUUUACUAAACGCAGAAUCUAAAACGAUAGGUCAAAACAUUGUUAUUCCGUCUUAAAACACCCUAAGCAAUCGGCGGGGGGGCAGGUAGCCUGUUCCAUGGGUUAAGUUAGUAGGGAAAGUGCGAAAAGCUGGAGAAUAGAACAGUAAAAAUCUAAUUUCAAAGCAAGACAAUCGGAGAAUUUACGAUAUUAUGGCUUUUACUGCGGAGGCCUUUCACACGAGGAGCCGCAAGGGGUGAUAUUUUUGCACGGCAUCUGGCGGCAUAUCAAAGAAUUUGGAAUUGAAGGGCAAAUUCCUAGAAUAUCUUCGCCAGUUAAGCUAGAGAAAAGGUGUUAAAAAACCUCAGGAUCCAAAACAACACGUCAAUCAAAAUAUCACUUGGACCUUUCGCUAAUGAAGAGCUAUCACGCGGCUAAGCUUGAAUUAGACAUAUAUUGAAAUAGGAACUCGUGUCAAUAAAGUAUCAGAAGUGAGCGGGAAUCGCUCCUGGUUAAAAAACUGGUUCACAGGGAUAUGCAUCUCUUCUAGUUAAGAGAAGGGAAUCAGAACUGCUUUUCAUGCAGGAACAGGUUUUCUUCGGGCUAACUACAAAACCUCAGCUUAUUUCACUCCUUGACAUUGUCAAAGCGCAUUUUGUAAAGAUAACUUUUUCCGCUUUAUGAGCUUUUUUUAUAUUCUAUUCCAUUAAUGUUUAACCUCCCUCAAAAAGCCAAGUAAUAUAAAUGCUGUUGUUAAAAAAAGCGUUUUACUUGUUUACGUGAAUUGGCUACCCAAAUAUCACUAUGCUGAAAGGACAGGGCAAAAUUUCCAGGAGAGAGGCAUUAAUUUUUUUCCCACGAGGUUACAAAGAGAAAAUGCAAUGAUUAUUAUUAAUGUAACCAUCAGGUAUACUCUACCCACGAGUUUACGGACAGCAAAUGCAGUGAUUAUUAUUAAUGUAGCCAUCGGGUAUAUUCUACCCACGAGGUUACAAAGAGAAAUGCAAUGAUUAUUAUUAACGUAACCUUCAGGUAUGUUGUACCCACGAGGUUACAGAGAGAAAAUGCAGUGAUUAUUAUUAAAUGUAACCGUCAGGUAUAUUCUACCCACGAGGUUACGGAGAGCAAAUGCAGUAAUAUUAUUAAUGUAACCAUCAGGUAUGUUCUACCCACGAGGUUACAAAGAGAAAGUGCAAUGAUUAUUAUUUACGUAACCUUCAGGUAUGUUCUACCCACGAGGUUACAGAGAGCAAAUGCAGUGAUUAUUAUUAAAUGUAACCGUCAGGUAUAUUCUACCCACGAGGUUACAAAGAGAAAGUGCAAAGAUUAUUAUUAUCGUAACCUUCAGGUAUGUUCUACCCACGAGGUUACAGAGAGCCUGCAAAUGCAGUGACAAUUAUUAGAUUUUAGUGCAACUAUCCGGUUGAGUUCCUCCAUUAAAAGAGUUUUUUGCUAGGGUUAAACAAGUUUGGCUUUCAUGAGUUUCAAGGUGCAAGAGAUUAUCAGUAUAAUUAUAGCACACAAACAUUGUCAUCUAAUUUUUCGCACGUAGCCGGAAUAAGCCAAGAAAUGAAGCAUAUAUAACGAAAAAUCGUUCUCAGAUGAUCUCCAUAUUAAAUAAAUUACACUAAACGUUGCGAAAGAAAUUAUUGUUCGUAUCCGUCUUAUCCAUCGUAAAAGCGAGGGGUCAUCGCAUGACAUCCGGUAUUUUAAACAGAGGUAAUACUCACGGGUUUCACGAGUUGUAUGCACUAUUUUUCGCCGAGAAACAAAUUUAAACUUCAAUUCUUACCUUACAGUAGUCCGUUCUUUUACCUUGCAUUCGACAACAAAUCUGUUAAAGGCGAACAAAGCGAUUCCGGCACUCUUCUUUAUGAUGAGUAGCAAGCCGCAGGAACUGAAGCCGCUUGACUGAAGUAAAAUCCACCGAUAUGCACGGCAUUCUCACUACAAAUAUAAACAAACGUUGCGGGGAAAAAAGGACGAGGAGGAAAAAAUGCCAGAUCUUCGCCUUGGUAAUGUAUUCCAGCUACCAUGCCGGCGUAUCUCCAGAAGGUGGACUCGAAGUGGGACAAACCUUGUGAUUUUUUUUAGACGCCCUUUGCGCGCAAACUAAUUUAUUCUGGCGCGAAAUGAAGAUUAACAAUAGGUAUACUGAAAUCUAAUCCACGACAAGAAGAUUUUCGCACCGUAGCGCGACAUAUUAAAUGCCUAUUUUUACAAAUACGCGGAGAAAGUGGUCCACUAGUUUAACUUUUUUAAGAUGAAUUUACUCCACAAAGGCGAAAUGAAUGUUUUAUCUCUAUGUUGUUUACGUGCCGUAUUAGAAGGCAGAAGUAAAUUCAUCAUACAGACCCCAUCAAAAUGAAAGUACACGAAUGAAACGGAAUAAGUCUGGAACGGUUUAGUUUCUACUCGGCAGCUUCUUUGCUCUUAUAACAAAAAUUUAAUGUUGCAGUCUGUUUUAAACGUUGGCAUAUCAACGCGCACAGUCACUGAAUGAAAACAACAGUCACGAUCACGUUCUUCGAAACCGACCAGACUCGCGCGACCUACCACUGUUAUGGCAAGCAAUUAUCCUGAAGGUGUUAAUGUUCCCGUGACAGUCUUCUCACUGAAGGUGUAAAUGGUAAACCGAACGGUCGCUUUGAUCAUCAGAAAGACCUGUCAACUUUGAUGAUUUAACUGAUUAAAUUACGGGACAGAAAUUUUACUCCUUGCGGCUCCUCGUGACUCUCAUGGAUUGUGCAGUCAACUCACGGUCUCACGAUUUAGCCUCCAAAUCUCAUGGUGAAUCAGAAAAUCUUAAAAUUGCCAGGCGAUUCCGGUAGAAAUCGCGUAAUUCUUUUUAAAAAAAUCCGUCUUCAUAAUGGAUGAACUGUGUCAGUCCAAUUUAAGGAGGAAACCUGCGUUGAAUUCCAGCCUCAAACCCGAAAAAGGUAAGUUCGCUAAGGUCUUUAGUAAAGCCUUAUAGCAUUCUCACUUGGCUAUCUACUCGCCGUCUCAUCGACCUGGAUAGUGAAACAGAAUUUUCUCGUCACUGCCAAAAGAGCAUCAAGACAGUACAACAGAGACCAUUAAUAGGGUAAAGAAGACCAAGACAAAAGUAUAUCUGCCUUUUUCGCUUAAUUUGACACAUUUUUAAAAUCUCCAGGUUUGGGGGGCCGGUGGGGGGGCUUUUUUUUCGAACACUCCAGAUUUGCAUGAUUUAGGGGUUGGAAAGGUCUGAUCUCUGUCAGCUGGCCGCAAAAUAGAACUGCAGAGCGAGCCUAGUUUUCAGAUAGAUUUUCAAGUCAAUGAAAUGAAGUAAAGAACCAUUCAGAUGGACUGGCUUUAACAUGGAUUUAUCCAAAAAAAAAUAGAAGUUAACUAGAGAAUGAAAUUAACUUUUUGUAGGAGCCACUUAGCUACUUGAUAUUCCAAAGUGGUGGCCAAUUCCACAAAAAAAAGGAACGAAAACAAAAACAAACAACUUAAAAGCUAGAUAAUAAGAUGGCGUUCACCGACAAAUUUGGUGGUAAAUUAUGUGCCAAUUUUACUAUACCUAUCACCGCGACAGACAUUGAGUUGUAUUUUCAUGCCCUGUUAACACGCGAUUACAUGAGCUCCAGGAGCUCAUCUGCCCAAAUUCUUUCUAAGCCCGAGCUUAAUCAAUCUCGACCCCAGUGUUUACCCUUCUGGUGAGCUCUGGGGUUGAGAUUGGGGCUUAAUGGCUUAAAGCCAGCUACUCGCCUGCGGGAUGUUGUAGUAGGAAAGAAAACGGUAUUCGGGAUAGAGCUGACAGGAGUUCGGGAUGCGGGAUUGUCGUGAAAAAAGAGCGGGAUUACAGGAUCACGAUCUUACUUCCAGACCCCAUUUUUUAGUAAGUGCAUUAGAACCUGUUUUUUCUCGAUCAUGUCUUUUCCUCAGUGGGUAUUAGAAUCGUCCCAAGAGAAAUCGAAGACAAUGGUUAUGCAAAAAUUUGGGGGGGGGAGGGGGUAAAUAAGGUGCAUUAUGGUCUACGCGAAAAUGGUGAACGCCUGAAAAAAAUCUCACAGAAUCAGUUCUGUUUCAGUGAAAACGUUAAGUGCCCGAUAUAAGUGAACAAAGUAAUUUCCGUUGAGUAAGCAUAUAAAAAACAUUCUUAGGACAUUUCUUUUCUCACUUUUACAAUCUUACGUGUUAUCUUAAGAAAAAAAGGGGAGAAGGUUUUGUCCUAUCAGCACCUUUAACGUUGAAACCGGCUUACAUCAGAAUCCCAUCACGAAUUCAAGUAUCAGUAAAUGAUUAGCUUAAGUGAGGAUAGUUUCCUUCUAACAAAAAAUCUACUCUCAGUGCCUCUUAGAAUGAUCAACUGUAACGCUUUAAAAAGCAAAAUUCAGCAUAAGUUUUGAAAACGGACAGCUACACUGCCGUAAUUGACACGGCAAAAGUAGUACCAUACUGGGCAAAUCAAAUGUUAUUCAGUCAAGAUGUUUUCAAAUGCUGCGUCAAGGAAUCAAGGGUAUGCAGUAGAGCCCCGAUAACUCGAACUCGGAUAACUCUAAUUCCUUUACCUAAAUCAAAAUUUCACUGAAAUUUACCCUGAUAACUCGAAUUUGCGCAAACUCGAACUGUUUUUCGUUUCCUUUCAGAGUUCGAGUUAGCGGGGUUCCAGUGCCAGUUAGGAACCCGGGUGGUUACCAUGGCAUCUGUAUAAUCGUUAAAGUGAGUUUGAUUGUUCCUCGAAUGCUUCGACCAGACUCAGUCCCCGGGGAAGACCUUGACCUGUAUACCAAGAAUAAAGCUAUGCUAUCUUUAAAAAGGGGGAGCUACUUGGUUUUAUCAACCGAGAGGAUCAAAGUCAGCUUACCACUGAUUAAAAAAGAUUGGAUUGAAAAUCUGACUCUUCGAACACCAGCUCUUUGUAACAACCAAUCGUUGAAAGCUCUUGAUUAUUGCUGGGGGUCUGUAGAUCAUUUUUACUGGAUGAAAUUUUGCACCGACUACAUCAUUUUUAUACUUGCCUAUUAAACAACCCACACGAUUAGCUUAUCGCGUCAACACUUAGAGAAAGCAAUUAUAAGUUCAUUUCAACUGUGCACAAUCCGGAAAUCAAACAAUUGAUCGAGUAAAGGCUCGGGAGCGAAAAGUACACAAUAAGUUUACUAAUUGGACACACAGGUGUAUAAAAUAAAUCAGCCAAACUGUAAUCGAAAAAGGCGCCUUUUAAGCGUUUUUCGUCAUGUUACGUCGGUUAUCGCUGUGGGCCAUUGCGAAGUUAAGGAUUAAAUGUAAUUGUUUUAAUUGUUUUUUAAAAGACCACUUUGAGCGGCAAAGCGUUCAUUGAUAUUAGCACUUGAUUUCCGUUUUGUCUGUACGAGAGAAUGAUCUAUUAAUAGCGGCAUCUUUGUACAUGUUAAGUUAAAAGAGAGUACUCGUUGCUAGACUCUUGUUAAGUUAAUCCUUUAUCGCGUAUUUGUUAAGACAGACCAUUACCACACAUCCGCUUGGUCAAUUAUGCUUAAAAAGAACCAAAAAGGAAAUUAAUUAAACCAAAAACGGAAACCGGGCGAAUUUGAAAGGCAACAAAAGCGAAGGCUUAGUUCUUAUAAAGUGCCAAAACUGCCUGGAAUUUGAGAUUAUUCUCUAAAGAAACUAUGAUAAAGCCACAAUCUCAGUUUGCUGAGGUUACGUCUUGAGUAAAUCCUGAUGGACGUACAAGUUCGGCUUUCAAACAUUUUUAAGCCUCACAGCGGAUCAAGCUGUUUUGACAUUUGCAUUUUCCAUAUUGUGUCGGAAAAAUGGAAUGCACUUAGAUCGUUCUUUGUUUUUUUUAGGACAGCGUGACAAUAAAACGCCUGUCAGUUUGAACAAUAUGAUCUGUACAUUCGCUGACACUUUCCUGAAAAACCUCUAACCUCAUCUGUUUUUGCACAGCACGGCGACAGAGAUUUCAGAUCACAAAACAUUUCAAACUUUUCUAAUUCGAGCGCUCAUUUCAGAAUUACAAGGCAGGGACUGGAACAUGAGGGAAGCGUGAAAGCCGGCCACAUGUCUUUACGACGAGAAAAUACGGCACCUCCGCGGUUCUACGGAACUUCACUGGCUAAGCGUCAGCCAAGGGCCAGCUUCACGCCACCACAGCAAAGAGCUCACCAAGUCAUUCGUCGUGGAAGUUUAGGGGUGAUACAGUCAAACUCUGCAGAGAAAAAGCUGCUUUUCAGCAAAAGAAGCAAUAGUCUUGGUGGUGCAAACGAUGAUUACAGCCCAACCAAACUAGACUUUCAGUCUUUGAAGAAACGGCCUAGUCUUUUGGGAACAGGCAAGUUAAAAUCCGGCAACAAAGAGACGGAAGCUGUUUCUAACAGAGCCGAGAAACAUUCUAUGGUAAUCCUGGGAGCAGGAGGUGUGGGCAAAACAGGUAAACACUCCAACCUUGCAUUAAGCUUUAAAUCCUUGCAAACCUUCAAACGAAAACACAUCUGUAUUUUAAGCACAAUUUGGAAUUACAUUCAUCAUCAGAGGGACGUAUUUCUUGAUGAGUUGACAUCAAUGGCAUCACUUUUGAAUGUGUAGUCAGGGGCACCCAACGAGAACAUAGUUCAAAACCACUUAAACAUAGCACUGUUAAACGUAUUUUAGUAUUUAAACGGUAGAUAUAGGCAUAUUUUUAUCCCCUAAAAAUUUUUCAUCUGUUCGGAUUUCCUAGCUGAAAGCCUAGUGAUCCGAAAAUUAUAGGGAUCAAAACUUACCUUUUCGAAAAUUUCAGCCAGAACAGUAAGGUACAAACUACAAUAAGUGAGGCGAAACUCAUUUUUUUAUUGAGCAAGAAAAGGAUUAUUAAAAAUGUCAGCUGUCAACUGAUUCAUAUUCCACUAUUUUUAAAAGUAACCCUCCUAAGUCGGUGGACAGAACUUCAGCUACACGCUUCGAUCACACGCACUUUCAGCGGACUCAAAAGGCCAAAAUCACAAAACCAGAAACUACGGCGCGCCGGGAUUCUUUCUGCACCAAUCACCGAUCUCAGCUUCUUUCAUGAUAUAAUUGGAUUAUUUAUUGCUCGCACGAUUCCGUUAUCACACAACUCGAUUUUCAUACACCCUACUUGAAAAAGAGAAUUUCAAACAUGAAUCCUUGAUGAGACGAUAACAGCAGAUUAUAUUAGAUAGUAUCUAAUCUAACCAACGGGCUUGAAAUUCAUAAAUCAGACAGGGCUCUCCACACAAAGAAAAAUUUUACAGAAUCUGAAUCAUGAUAAAUUAAUUGGAUUAUUUCCUAGUUUUAGUAAGUUAAUUCCCCCAUAUAAAAAAUUCCUCCUCUACUUUUUAUAUAUAUUUAGUAUUUUUCUUUUCUUGGCAUAUGUCAGCAUCAACAAUUUUCUCUGUAGUGUUUUUUUGCAUCAGAAUGUUUUGAUGUCAGAUUUGCUAGAACUUUCAUAUUGCCCUUUGUUUGCUUAGCGAUUAGUUUGAUUGACACUUUUCUUUUCGCUUUGCUUCACAGCCUUGGUGGUUCGGUUCGUGACUGGUCGUUUUCUCAAUGAAUACGAUCCAACCCUCGGUAAGCGAAUGAAUUAAUUGUAGUCCAUCUCAGCUGGGUGGAAAUCAAUCUAAAUCGGCGAUCUUUUCUCUGACUCAAACACAAAACCCGAGAUAAGCUGGCGGAGAGUGAUGUAAACUCCGCUAAGUUUAUAUACAAAACACUGAUCGACCGAUAAUUUCUUUUAGCAGCUCAUUUACACUUUUACUCGUGUGAGCAGAUUAUAAAGUAUUUCCACGGUUAAUCUUAGUCUCUCCUGGACUAAGUUGAUAACUAUGAUGAUCAUGAGAUGAUUCGUCAUUCUAACUUUUGAAUCUGUGAAAGAACCCUUAUGGUGUUACUUAGGCUUGAAAGUGAUCAGGACGCAAGAAAGAACGUGGCGCGCGAGGGAGACACGUCGCCCACGUGAAUGAUCACCCCACGCGAGUAAAGGCUCACGAGUUUCUGUCGCUUCAUUGCCCUUGAGGAAAACUGAGAGAGUCCUGAACUAACUAGCGGUGUUCAUGUCGUUAGUUCUCUGAAUGCAGCAUCAAGGAGGAUUGAUGCUGAUCAUCCCCGUCACUUCAAAUCCGAGCCUCCCCCACCCUUGGGAGUUUUUAUUACGACUGUGCUGAUCUUUAGUUAGUAUAAGAAACAAUAGAACAAAGGACGUAAGAAAUCAAGGUUGAUCUCAUAAGACGUAAUGUGUAAACAUUGCCCAAUUAGGAAAUAGUGGAGAAGUGCUCCUAAUAGGCGGCAAAAUCUCUGUUUAAUCUACAAGUGGUUUACGCUAGCCUUGAAAUUACAGUUUUAAGUUACGCGGUCCAUAUUUGAUAACUACAGUAGUCCACUUCCAACGUACCGCAGCAAACAAACACCGCCUUGAAAUUUGAAAGCAGCGAUCUUGCAGAACGACUUUUUUGGCGAAAUGUAUUUAUCAACGUUGCCUUCACAGAUCACUUAAUCAUGACACCAGGACAAUUACAAUGCCUUUCAGUUUAUGAAUAGCUAUACUUUUAUUUCACUUUGCAGAGAUGGUGUACGAAAAGGAUGUACCCAUUGGAGAGAGCAUUGUGUCACUGGAUAUUCUGGAUACAGCCGGCAAUGUAAGUAGCUGGCCGCUUUCUCUUUGAUCCUGUGAUUGAAUACAUUGAUUACAUUUUAAAAUGUUAUCUCUUCAAGUGCGAACAAGAAAAAUAAACAGGGAAUUUUACCGACCAAGGGGCUUUACAGAUAAUUUCGAGAUAAUUCGGGCGGCGGUGUGCAAGUUCGUGUCUCUAUGAUUAUUCGGCUCUUUUUGGUUGUCUGUUUUUUUUUUCUUUCAAGUAUUUUGUUUUGCUUUUUAGUUGUUUUUUUCUCUGUAAUCUUCAGGAUCUGGGAGUUUUUUCAUCUCCUUGAUUUUUCUUUACUUUCAAUGAAAUGGAUUAAAGCUAAUUGUUUCUUGUUAAAAGCCGUUUGAUGUGUUUAAGCCAGUACCUUGGAAAGAUUCAGGGAAAUGAUAGUAUUUCCCAAAUAGCGUUUCGAAAGAUGUGAAAUUCAGCCGCGUUUUGUUGUCUUCAUCUUCAGCACUGAAGUAAAUAGAUAAUUCCAGCAAAGCUAGACUAAAACUGCUAGUCCUGUUUUUGGAAGGAACAUACCAGGAAUGUACCAUUUGGUGCGCGGGUCUUCUGUGCUGACAAUAAAACUGUGACAAAUGAUUUUUCAAAAGUUCAACCGGUUUUAAGAGUAGUGAUAGUGCUAACACAACCCACUUUGGCUCUGAAUGUGACCAACGCAUAGGUUGCCGAAACGUCAGCCACCGUCUGCAACAGUCCUAUUUAGUGACUACAUUCACCCGAACGAUCAUAUUCCAGCCUUGCAUCUGAAACCAAGAUGGGCCACCUAUCACUUCACAAACGUUUGAUUUCAUCGAUCUUACGAAAAAUAGGAAAGUCAGUUAUUUCAGGUCACUAACAAUCUCACUGAGGGAACCUCGGCGGGUGGGGGAGGGGAGGGGGGUACUACCCCCAUAUAUGGGCUAGACAAUGCCUAGUCCCUAGGCCUCAUUAUUGUGCGCGGCCGGCGCGUUUCGAGUCACGUGGUCCGAGCGAGCCGAUCGUCUCGGAUACGUCGCCGAAAAGCAUUGACCGAGAAGGCCUGAGAAGACGUCGUACAGGCACUAGGCAAGGCUAGACAGGUAUGUGCUGCCCUAUAGGGUAUGGUUUUGGUGGGUCUCGAUCCUUGCCCUUGGUUGCAUUGCGUUCCUGGUGUGAUCCUUAGAUGGUGUACCUAAAUUGCUGAGAUUCAAGUGCGUAAAUGCCAAACAAAGCAUCUGUUAAAACUGACCUAUUCCUUACAGUAUUAGGAGAGCGAUUUACCGAAGGUUUGUGUGUUACCAUUAAAUUUUUGUAUUUCCCUUGAAUUUGGGUGUCAAUUUUCGAGUUUGGGCCGUGUCAAUUUUCGUUUGUCUAUUCCUUAAAUAGGGUCAGGAUUUAAGACUGUGGGCGGCACACACCUAUCCGAAAAAAUAAUGGGAGUACCCCCCGCCCCCAAGGGGAACAAACGUUCAAGUGUGUUAGUGUAGAGAGAUGGCUUUACACUGAACUGACUUUGUUUUUCUUUACUACACAGGCUGAAGCGUCGUACAUACGAAAUGGCGAGGGAUUUAUUGUCGUGUACUCAAUUAAUGAUCAUUACAGCUUUGAAGUGGCAAGGCAAAUGGUCAAACUCAUCAAAGAGGUCCGAAAAUCAGACGGCGAAUGCCAGGUGCCUGUGAUACUUGUGGGAAACAAGCGAGAUUUACGUCGAGGUAGACAGGUCAGUAAAGAGGAGGCCAGGGAAACUGCUAGUGAAUUCUGCUGCUCGCAUUAUGAGACAUCAGCCCUUACCAAUAGGAACGUUCAAAUGGUGUUCUUUAACAUGGUGUUCCAGGUCAGAUUCACGAAAAAAACUCGACUAAAAAGCCAGGGAUCUUCUGGUACCAAUGGAUUUCUCAGCACUGUUCGUCAGUUGUUUAGCCCGCAGCGGAGAAGCAGUUUGCCAAGCUCCUAAUGGGAUUGGCGGUUUUCAGCUCUUUGCAGAGUCAGCAUUCGGAUAUUAUCCACAGACCCUUUGGUUGGAGUCAAGUUCCUUUACUCCCUUCCUGGGCGAUUCGACUUGAAGACAGUUAGUUAGAAUCUAUCGGAAGCAAGAAGGCUCACUCGACGGGACAAAUGGGUAUGGUAAUCGACAAAGAGGUUAAGUCUACAACUUGCUAAAACUGAGAGGCGGUUCUUCUAUUAAAUGAAUAUCAGAACUGCAUACAGAACGUUGCAAUAUUUGGACACGAACCUACCCAUUGUAAACUUGAAUAUGGACAUUGUAUCUCAUGGCAAACACGGAAGCUUAAGCAAAAAAACCCAUUUACUAAAGCAAUUACAAGUGAGAAUGGAAACAGGCGGGCUCUGCGCAGCCUGUGGGAUGGGAUAGACGAAGAAAAGGUGGGAACGCGUUGCGCUGGCUUUUUUGAUGAUAUUGUUGUUGUUGCCACCGCCAUAUUCCUGACCAGAUGGCCUGUUCACAGCUUUAUAUACUGCAGUGCAGUUAUUCAAGGUUGCCUCAAAAGGCGCGGUUUUAUUUCCAGGCAGACAGAUCUUCGUAAGCACCUGACUCCGGUUGAUCAGACGUUGGAUAACCGGCUAUUCAAUAUCCACCGGCUAAUCACUAUCCAGCAGAUAAGUGUUAGGGAAACCAAUAGACCUUUUUACCGAUACGGCGGCCAUAUUGAAUUAAUUAGAUUUAAGGAG